AUGCCACGUGAUGUUUCUAACUGUAUUCCUCUGCGUUACAGAAGCUGACAUAGGUCACUUUUGGCAUUUGACAGACCUCCACCUGGACUACACCUAUGGCGGGAAGGCCGAGUCGUGCCAUAAUGAAGUAACGCCAUCACAGCGCGGAAUGUUUGGGAGCGGGCUGUGUGAUGCGCCCUGGGCGCUCAUUAAUUCCUCGGUGUACGCCAUGAAGGAAAUAGCGCCGGACGUGGACUUCAUCAUCUGGACAGGCGACAACAUUUUCCAUCCGAGAGCAAAAACAGGGGUGCUCAGUAUGGACAUUGUACUCAAUACUCUGGACAACAUCACGCGGCUCCUUAGAGAGGUGUUUCCUGACGUCACAACUUACCCAACCUUUGGUAACCACGACUACUUCCCGUAUGCUCAGUUCCCUUCCCAUGACAACAAAAUUUAUCGGCAUAUGGAGAUCACGUGGGGAGUCUGGGUCAAUGACUCUAAUUUCAGGAAAACUUUCCGCAAAGGUGGUUACUACUCCAGUUCGAUCCGGCCUGGACUCAGGCUUAUCUCACUUAAUACAAACAUGUACUACACCCGCAAUCGUCUCUCUCUGAACUUCACGGACUCAGACGACCCUGCCGGUCAGUUCGAGUGGUUCAAUGACACCCUGGCGGCCGCCGUCAGAAACAAGGAGAAGGUUAUUGUGAUCGCUCACAUCAGCCCCGGACUGAAAGGCUAUGAAGGCUUCUUAUGGAUGUACAAGCCUUUUAACGACAUGCUGAACAGAGUUAUCUCCCGUUACAUGGAAUCUGGGGUCAUCCGCGCAAUGCACGUCGGCCAUGAUCAUGACGACGAGUUCAAAAUCUACUACGACAACAAAGGCAUUCCCCGCAUCCCGGUCUUCAUUGCUCCGUCCGUCACACCCUGGAGAUACAAAACCGACCAAUUGGAAUUCGGCCGUUCCCACAACCCGGGCAUCCGAUUGGUCAGCUAUGACAGGUUCAACGGCCGCCAUCUGAACAUAAUACAGUACUACCUGGACCUUGACAAAGCCAACAAGGACAGUCAUGCGCAGUGGCAGCUUCUCUACAAGGCCACUGACGUGUACGACAUUCCUGAUGUUAGUGCACGGUCCCUCAGCAACGCGCGCGAGCUAAUGCUUGACAGUUCCAAAAAGCACGUGCAGGAUUAUUAUGAGCGCCUAACCCUAAUGGGAGACACCAGUAAAAUUGAUGACAAAUGUCAGUAUUCUAUUUAUUGCGGCAUGCGAUAUUUCGAUGUUCCGGGCUUCAACAAAUGUUUAGACAAAUAUUAUUCUUUGGCUUUUAGACCAGUUGCUAGCAGCUUUGUGAUAAUUAUUGUUACCGUCAUCAUUUCAGUCUUAUUUUAAAUGUCUUUCACUUGAGAAUAUUUCUCAUUUUUCGCAAACCUGUCUCAAGGUAAUCUACGUGGUCUUUGAAAAUGAUGUAUUAAUACACAAACUUUUGUACACUAAAAGAGAACAGGGCCUGGUACACCCGGUAAGCUAGAUUCACCAUUUGCGAGUAAAAUGGAAAUAAAAAUGUGCCUUUUCUAAUACUCACCAAAAAACCAUCUGGCUCACAACCUGCAUAGAAAGUACACCUAGCUGGAAGUGCAUUCCUCAUUCAGGAAAAAAAUAAAUUUUGGUUUGUAGCAUUUUCUGGCAGGCACUAUGCAGCAAACGUUGUACGAUACUGCUGGUGCUCAGUACCGUGUUCAGUACCUCUGGUCCUGCAACAAAAUUCCACUUUCCCAGAGGCUGCAGUAUGAAACAUGGCGGACGUCGGUCUGACUUCAGACCUGAUUCAAAAUUAUCGACUACUAGGUUAUCCACACGUUUGACGGUGCAGAAUUUGGCAUCUUUUAAACGUAUAUAACUUGUGGAUUCAUCGUCUACCAAAACGUUUGAGUGGACUCGAUUUGUAAAGGAAUGUGAAGUGGUUUUGCUAAACCCGAUACAACUACAAGGGUUACGUAUAGCUGGACUAUGCCGUGUGGGGGGAAUUUUAUUAGCAUAUAACAGUGGAAUUCAUUCUUUAAGUGUCCAUUUUAUGAAAAUUUUAUGACCUUCAUUUACUCUGAGAUUUUCUCUCGGCAUAACUUGUUGAGCUUAUGUUCUUUCUGCUGCUUCACGUUUUUAACAUUUUGCUCCGUAUAACGGACAUUCUAACUGAUUAUCUAUACACGGUGUACACUGAGCGACAUACAGUGCAUACUGAGAGACAUACAGUGUACACUGAGCGACAUACAUUGCACACUGAGCGACAUACAGUGCACACUGAGCGGCAUACAAUGCACACUGAGCGACAUACACUGCACACUGAGCGACAUACAGUGUACAUUGAGCGACAU